UUUGCGGUAUUGUCAAAAUUUUAUCAAGCUAAUUUAGAUCAACCGAUUAGAGAACUACGUACUAGAGAAGGUUAUAUGAUUGGUUCUUUAAUGUCAACAGCUAGUGCUAAUGCACGGGAAAAUACAUGUAUUUUGUAUGAGCUUGAAGUUAAUAUUGCAAAGACAAAGAAUCCAGAAAAGUAUGAACUACGACAAUUUUUUGGCCAA